AGACGAUCUCUUUGGCGCCGAGCUAUCUCACAAGUCACAACUGUGUGCUCUGUACUCUGUAUGUCUCUGGAAGGCUGUAUACGUCCCUGCACAGUCUGUACUCACCUCGAACACAAGUUCACGUUUUGUCACCGAGGCAGAUCCUGUAAUGGCCAAGAUCGGUUGCACAAUUCGUCUCUCCCCCAAACCCAGGCUGGGCGUGCGAAAGCCGACCAAAAGACACCCGGAAUUCUGUUGCAGCAAGAUACACGCCCCCUUCAUCCACCGAGCUGCCCAAGCCACUUGUUCCGGGCCCUCUGCUCUCUACACCCCCCCUUCCAGUGUCGAUACCUACUCGACCAGCAAGAAGAACAACCCCCUUGGAUCCCCCUGCGACUCGCAACUGGACGAGCACCGGAGCACAGGCAUCCUAAGCGUUUCCUGACUGAGAAUCGAGUUGGAAUAUCAAUCACUGAUGAGCACCUUGCAUGAUAUACACCCAGUCUCGCGGCCCACAACCCGACCAGUCAAGUCCCCCUUGGUCCCUCGCUGCGAGCACCGACUCGACUCUAUUUUCUCUACCCUCCUUUCUGUAGGCGCUGGCUUUUCGUCCUCCAUCCAUUCAUUCCCAUUCCUUUCCUCAAGCCCGGCUGCAAGUCUGGUCAUUCCAUCACUUUUAUUCUUGUCCACAUCACACUUGCUUCCCACAUCCGUUCCCAAAGUUGGAACUCGUGAAGCGAAGACAAACCGACCUCGAGACUGUCCUUUCUGACCCGCAACUCACACGCAAGCUUCCCACAGUCGAACGACCGUCCGAGGUUCCGACUCUAAUUAACGCACGAUUCUAACCCGAGAGAGGACCCGCGCCGAACGACGCAGGCUUAGGCAGUCUUUGGUAUCUGGUCACCUCUGGUCACUUCGCCCUCGGCACACGCACAUACGCAACACAGUCACAGUCUUCGUCGUCACAAGCAGGCAGAUAAGAAAGAGCACGGAUUCUUUGGUCUUGGUCUCGUUCUCGAAAUAGUAGAACUGAACAGGAAGAGAGCCCAGACUUUGAUAAUACAGGACGGACUGGCUUCGGAUCCCCCCCAUUUUGGCGCCUAGUCCGACUUACAUACAUAUUACUGCGGCCUUGUCCAUCCACCCACCACUACCUCCACAGGAACCAGGACACACAGCCAAAAAGGGCCAUCCCAUCCUCCCCCCGACAACUUAAUCCGUCUUUCGACGCACAACGUACACAAACCCGAAACACCGUCCUACUUUUGGCAUCUGCUUCUGCUGGCCAGGAACGAGAAAAGAGCAACUUUAUCAAGUUACAACGUCGAGUUUAUCCUACAGUUGGAUAAACCCUCUUUUUCGCUUCUGUCUCCUCCCCGCCAUCGCAUCGGCGGUUCUUGCAGAAGCUUUCGGCAAAUCGCCAGACGGGGCCAGGUAUCGAUCCCUGGUGUACCCGCCACGCGCCAAGAUCUCCAGCUCGUCGCCCAAGUCCGAAGCGUACCCCAUUUGCAGCUUCUGGCUCAUUGGAAGCGGGGGUAACACUCCAACCGUCAUUUCAGUGGCGCCGAGCACCGCACGGUCGACAGACCGCCAGCCAUCUCCCUAAAUAAGCCCUGAGGACCCUCUCUAGCCGCCCGCGGCGCACUUUGUUGUUGCUGUUCAGGUCUGGGUCGCUUUUUGGCUUUCUUUCCUGCAGCAGUCGUCGUCGUCGUUGUCUUCAGCCGCCAUUGUCCACGUCCGCAUCGCAGUUCCCCACGAUACCGUUUUCUCCCUCGAAUCCUGUCCGUCAACGAUUUUUCGAUCGCAGCAGCAAUCGUCUGCUUGCGCAAUCCCUCGGCUCGCGAUUUGGAUUUGGUAUCUUGAUAACUCUGGCCUGGCGACAAAAUGUCAUUGAAACAGGAAAUAGAAACGUGGGUGUCGGCCUUGGGCCGGUACGACAACAAUGAAUUCGAUGAGGCCCUCAAGGAUUUUGAGAGGAUCUCCGACACAUCAAAAAUUCUCUUUAACAUGGGUGUCAUUCACGCCACUUUGGGAGAACACGAGAAAGCUGUCGAAUGUUACCAACGAGCAAUCAAGCUCGACCAGUACCUCGCUGUCGCCUACUUCCAGCAGGGCGUCUCAAAUUUCCUGCUCGGCGAUUUCGAAGAGGCAUUGGCCAACUUCAAUGACACUCUUCUCUACCUGCGAGGAAACACCAUGAUCGACUACGCCCAAUUGGGUCUGCUCUUCAAGCUCUACUCUUGCGAGGUGCUCUUCAACAGAGGUCUCUGCUACAUCUACCUGCAACAGAAAGAUGCUGGUAUGCAGGAUCUGUCGUACGCUGUCAAGGAGAAGGUGGUAGAGGACCACAACGUUAUCGAUGAGGCGAUCCGUGAGGAGGCAGAGGGAUACACUGUUUUCUCGAUUCCCGUCGGUGUUGUGUACCGACCGAACGAAGCAAAGGUUCGCAACCUCAAGACAAAGGACUACCUUGGAAAGGCUAGGCUAGUCGCCGCCUCCGAUCGCGCGAACGCCUUCACAGGCUUUGCCGGGUCCGAGAUCAAGAAUGUAGGCAGAUCGGUUCCCAUCCCAAUCAGCUUUUAUGGGAAUCCAUUUGCUAAUCACAAACUUCUUGGUUUACAGGCCGGCAAGAACGACGUCAAGGACGACAGACCAGCUGACAAUAUUUCCUUUGCUGCAACCAACCUAGUCAAACCUGGCCUGGCCUCUAGAAGACAACAGUCCGAGCCGCCCAACGGCCGCGGUGUCUUCCCUCCUACCCCUCCCCCGGACCAGGUCGAGGCCAACAAUACCGGUGCCAUGUCUCGUGGACAAUCCGUCCGUAAUGGACCCAAGCCGAUGCUUGCAAAGUUGAACAUCGAGAACUCCAGACCCAACGAACGGUACCAGAAGACGAGCAGCCCCAACGACCGUAGAGGACCUCCGCCCAUGAUGAGAUCCGAGUCACGGUCGGCAACUCCUAGCAGAGGAUACUCGAGACGCGACUUGCAGAUGCGCGGCCGGCCUGCUGAUGAAGAUACCGAGGACGCCUAUCCUGAUGAGCUUUACGACAUGUACCAGAGCGGUGGUGGUGGUGGCAACAGUACAAGAACCAGUCGCCAAGCCUCCCGCCGCCAGCCCCAGCGAUACAUGGACGAGGAAGAUGAUGGCUCCGACUACGGUUCCUUUGAUGAGGGUGACUUUGAGAUGGUUUCCAAUAAUAGACGUCCAGGCACGAACUCAAUGUCCUCCCGCGGCGGUUCAAGGAGACCUGAAGUCCGCAAGAUCCGCGUCAAGGUGCACGCCGAUGAUGUUCGAUACAUCAUGGUGGGCGCAGCAGUCGAGUUCCCCGACUUUGUUGACCGCAUCCGUGAGAAGUUUGGUCUUCGACGAAGAUUCAAGAUCAAGAUCCGCGACGAAGAUGUGCCGAAUGGCGACAUGAUUACCAUGGGUGACCAAGAUGACUUGGACAUGGCGAUCAUGAGCGUCAAGAGCCAAGCAAGGAAAACGAGGCAGGAAAUCGGCAAGAUGGAGAUCUGGGUCCAAGAAAUUAUGUAGACGAUUAUACCCCAACCAAGCCUAUGACGACGUAAUGACCAACAAUCUGCUCGCCCUGAGCUCUGCAACCUUUCCUUCACCUAGUAAACACCCUUUAUACUCCUUUUUUUGCUGCAUUUACGGAUGGAUUGGUUGUAGACAGGGCGUCUAAAACGGCGGAUAGUAAAAGAGGAGGACAGUUCGAGAGACAGAGCCAAGCAGAGCUGGCUCAAUGGCACCCCCACGGCCGCGAACGACAUGAUCAUAGCGUUGCAUUGUUUAGAAAACGGAACAGUUCGGAGGCGAUUGGUGUGGCGAUAACACUUUUGUAUUCCCCUACGGUUUACCAUCUCUCCUUUUCCGAUAUAAUUUCUACCUCAUCUACACUGUCUUGUUACGAGAUCCUGUCCAUCAUCUACGAGAUCGUUGAGAGGCCUGCAACACCAACCUUAAUGCAACUAUCAUUGCUCACUACUUCUGUAUGUAUGUGAACGACCUCGUGUGACUGUAAGCUUCUGUGAAGCUAUGGGAUUUAGGGCCUAGGGUGGUGAAUAUCAUCUUCUGUGUAAAAGGGGUUACGUGAAGUAGGCGCGAAUGAGUUCAAUUGCACAAGACGUAC